AUGUCGUCAAAGCCAAAGCCCAAGCGGCCAAAUGCCGUGCGCCGCAUCAUGGAGCGUGAAGAGAGCCGCGAGCGCCGGGUCAGGGAGGCUUCUAUAGCGUCUAACGGAGGAGCCAGCAAUGGCACCACACCUACAGCAGCACCGCCUAAGCCUAACCGACCCAAGUGCGCCAACCCGAAGUGUCCAAAGCCCCAUGUCGUCGACGGAACCUGCCAGACCUGCGGUAUGGUCGCUGAUGACAGCAACAUUGUCUCCGAAAUCACUUUUGGUGAAUCUUCUUCAGGUGCCGCUGUCGUUCACGGUACCCAUGUCGCCUUUGAUCAAGGCGGUAUCCGCGGCGUUGGUGGUCUUGCAUUCCGCCGUGUCGCUGGCGGUGGUGCUUCUGAGGCCCGUGAACGUAGUCUUCGCGAGGUCAAGGCCAUGAUGCAACAGUACUCUUACCAGCUCAGAAUCGGACAGAGCAUCAGCGACAUUGCCUUCCGCUACUACAAAGCCUGCUCACACGCCAACUUCGUCCAGGGUCGCCGUAAGCAAAAUGGCGAAAAUAACCACAAGAUCAUGCUCAUUGACUUGGCUGAUCUCCUCAAGGUCGACGUUUUUGCUCUGGGUCGUGGCUACAAGGACUUUCUCACCCGGUUUCCGGAAUUUCUCACAGGCCCUCGUCCUAUCGUAAUCGAGGAUCUCAUUUACCGUUUUGCUUCCAAGCUGGAGUUUCUGCACGACACUAACAAGGUCGCUCUGUCUGCUGUCCGUAUUGCAAAGCGCAUGCAACACGACAACAUCACCCAUGGUCGUAGGCCUGCUGGUAUCUGCGGUGCUGCUCUCAUCAUGGCUGCCAGAGCUCACAACUAUCGCCGUACUGUCAGAGAGGUUGUCUACAUUGUCAAAGUCACAAUGGCCACCAUUCAGGAGCGUAUGGACGAGUUCGCCAGCGUGCCUGCUGCCCAGUUGACUGUACAAGACUUCCACAACAAGGACCCCUUGGAAGCGGGUCCAGCACACGAUCCCCCCUUUGUCUACAAGCAAACAGACGAGUGGAAGGCCAAGCACACCCGCCCCAAAAAGAGGAAGAGAAAGGAGGCUAGAGAUGGCAAGAACAAGGGGGCUAAGAAGAUGCGGGCUAACGAUGGAUCCUCCGCUGCGCCCCCGACUGUCGACAAAGAUGGCUUCGUUGUCCCUCCAGUUCCGCGACAAGAAGGAGACAGUGAUCCCGAGGUUGAGACUGAGGCUCUUAUUGUUACUGCCGUUAGUGGUGAGGAGCAGCAAUUGAACACCUUGGUCGAGGAGUACGGUGAACUUGAUAAGGAGGAAGAGGAUGAAGACGACUCCGACUCCGAUUCUGAUUCCGACGAUGAUGAGGAUGAGGUUGAUCCCAGCAGCGAGGUCGCCUUCGCCAAGGCUCAAGGUGUUGACAUUGCGACUUCUGGAGCCUCAACCAGCAAUGGCGAAACAGCGGGAAAGAAGGGCGAGAAAAAGAAGAGGGGAGCAAGGAAGCUCAGGAAGAUCACGAUGCCCAUCACUCAGGAAUGGCAAACUGAUGAGGCUCUUCUGGAGAAAGAAAUGGAAGGUCAUCUCCACGAUCCCAAGUUUCUCAAUGCCGCUCAGGCCGAAGACAGUCGUUCUAAGAAGGAGAAGGCGGAAGAGGCUCGGAAGAGGAGAAUUCUGGCGCAAAGGCAAAAGAUGAAGCAACAACCCACGGCUUCUGCCUCUACUUCUUCAGCCCCUGCUCCUUCUUCUACCGCUACACCUGCCCCUACCCCUACUCCUGCUACUACCUCCGACUCUGCUGCCAACCCCACUCCUACGCCUAACAGUUCCGAGCAGCCAAACACCAACAAAACCGACACCGUCAUGGCAGAUGCUCCUGCUCGUGAAGAGCGCCAGCAAGAACCGGUCACAGACCGCCCCAACCUGUCAUCCUCGAUGCCGUAUACCCGCCCCCAGUACGUCUUGAAUAAAGCAUUGGAUGACCCCAUCGUGCAUGAACACGAGUUCGCCGACGAUCCCGAAGUCAAGUACUGUCGCCUAGGCGAGGUCGAGGCCAAGAUGAAGGAGCAGAUCUGGGUCAACAUUCACGUGGACUUCCUCCGAUCUAAGCAACAGAGGGUGUUUGACCAGAAGCUGGCCGAGAAGAACAAGGGCCCCAACAAGCGCAAGAACAAGAAGAACCGGGUCCACGAGGACAACGGCGUACCUGAAACAGCCGAGGAGGCGGCCGUCACCAUGAUGCGCAACCGCGGCAUCAGUACCAAGCUCGAUUACUCCAAGCUUGGGCAGAUCUUUGACUUGGACUUCAAUGAGCAAGGGCCGGGAAGCAGAGAGGCGGACAACGAGCUGGCUAGUGAGGCUGGCGAUGCCAUUGAAGACCGCAGCAACGAGGAGGGCAGUUCUGGUGGCGCAGCCGCUGUGGCCGUUGAGGCUGAAGAGGAACCAGCGGAAGAUGAGGUUGAAGAGGCACCAGCGGAAGAGGAAUAUGAGGAGGAUUAUAAUGAGAACGAGGGUGGAUACGAUGACUACGACGAGGGCGGCGAAGAAGAGAUUAACCCCUUCGCCGACGACGAUGAAGUGGAGGAUGAUGAUGAGUACUGA